AUGCUCAGCGCCCGCGCGCAACGCGUCAGCGUUUUGGAUGAGUUGUUCCUGUGGUCGGUCACGCAACCAGCUGGCCCACUGAAGGACCCCUCCUUGCCCAGCAGCAGGGAAUUGGAUGCCAUGUUCCGAGCGAAUCUGCUGGCGAAACCAGAGGCACCGCCAUCGGUUUCGCGCGGCCGAUCAGGUGAGAGGCAGCCAAGGAGCUGCAGAACGCCACGGAAGGCCGUGGGUGGUCAGCCUCCAGCUGGAACUUCUUGUUGCAAGGAGGCGAAACCGCAACGGACCUGGCGCUCUGCUCCCGGAGUCCGUGCAUGGACCGUGGGUGACGAGAGUCGCCAGAAGGAUGACGCGAAACGCGACCGUUUGGUCACUGAGCGCUUUGUAGCAGAGCAUCCGUGUCACAAUGAAGUUUUGCCGAGCAAUGCUUGGCUUUUCAGCCUUGACAGUGGGGCGUGGGAUCUCAGGGAUCUCAGGGAUGAUUCCAAGAUUCGGGUGAUGCAGAGCAUCUCCUAUCAGAUGGACUAUGCCAGCGAGGUCUCGCCUGUGCAGAAGGUGAUUCAACUCAUGCCUGAUCACCCGGUCGCCAGGCAGAAUAUGGUCUCACAGGGCGAGAAGGAGAUGCAAGAUGAGAAGGUUCAGUUCGCCAGCUACUCGCAGUGGUGUACCAUGACCCAGGACAAGAAGACGCAGGUCGUGGCCGAUGCGGCCGAUGCCAUCGAGUCGAUGCAGGCUGAUGUUGACAAAGUCACAGCCAACAUCGAAAGGCUGGCAUCGGAGAUAUCAGGGCACCAGAAGGAGAUCGAAGCCUUGUCCUUGGAGCAGGACAAUAUCACACAGGAUCCCGGCAUUGAUCCAGAGCGCGACUUGGUGGUCUGCUGCUUUCAGGAAGUAUUCAGCUUUCCGAAAGGUCCUCUGAUGGAUUGCAUUUCAAGAUUUGAUGCCAGAGGAGUGACGCCUUUCUGGGAAAGGUCUGUUCUGUCCCUUGGAAUUUUGUGCCGCCCAUUGUCUUGUUGCGUGUGGGACCAAGCGCAAAAGUUGCAUGAUGGUUCUCACCUGGAUCCUUGCAUUGAGUAUGCCGCGGUGGUGGGAAAGGGUGGCAUGUCGUUGCCUUGGAAUUCCCUUGUGGACUCUGGUCUUUGCAUCCUUUCCACCCGAGAGCCUACCGAAAAGGGCUUUGUGGCCUACAAGAACUACCCAGCUGGGUGGCAUGAAGAGAGGCUGGCCAACAAAGGUCUCAUGUGGGCCUACUGGUCUUGUAGCGUCGGCCGGGGCGUGCUGGUGGUGAACACCCAUUUGUCCAGUCAGCGAAAAGUGCGGCCAGACCAGCUGGAAGAGCUUGGCGACAGGUUGGAGGUGCUACGCGAAGAGUUUCGUGUGAAAGCGCCGAGCCUGCUGGAAGUCUACGUCUGUGGAGAUUUCAACCUAGACCCAGAGAGAGACGAGUUCUUUGAAACCUGGUAUCAACACCUUGGAUUGACUCUGCUCACCAGUGGCGCUGUUACGAACGCAUCGCUCUCAGUGGCUUUGGAUCACGUCUUCGCCUGGCGUUCGGAUGGCCGAAGUGUCAGGGCCGUCAGCUGCCCGCCCAUCAAGCCCUGGAAGGAUGGACCCUGUGAUCGGUCCAGGGUGCGCAGCGCGGAGAAUGCUGACUACAAAGUGGCCAAGAAGGACUACGUGGAGUCCAUUGACGCCUUGGACCGAGCUGUGGCCACGUUGAAGAAACAGGCCUAUGACCGGAAGCAGGCCUCGGGUGACGAGGAAGCUUCGCUCUUGGAGAUGCCCGAAGUGUCUGGAAUUUCCCAGCGUCACAGCAAGGAGGUCAAAGAGUCGAUCAAUGCAUUCAUCCAGUCCAGCAAGAAUCCAGAGGUUGCUGGAUACGAGUUCCAAUCGGAAGGGGUGCUGAGCAUGCUGUCUGACUUGCAAGACAAGUUUGUGCUUGAGAAGGCCGAGCUGGAUAAGAUCGAGUUCGAGAAGAAAGCGGCCUACGAACGCACCCUGGCCGGUCUGAAGAACGAAGAGGAUUCAGAACAGAAGGGAUUGGACAAGAAGACAGCCUUGAAAAGCAAAAAGAUGCAGCAGAAGGCACAGUUGCAAGACAACUUGGAAAGCACCAAGAGCACCAAAACCGCCGACGAGGAGUACUUGAAAGACACCAGCACCACCUGCCAGCAGAAGGCCUCGGAUUUCGAGGAGCGCCAGAAGCUUCGCGUGGAGGAGUUGGAAGCCGUGAAGAAGGCCAUUGAUGUCAUGAGCUCCUCAUCCGUCUCCGGGAACGAGAAGAAACACCUCGCGAAGAGUUUCGUUCAGGUGAGUCGUUCGACAUCUUUGGCCUCACUGCGGAGGCACAUCAAGAAGGAAGUUCAGGACAAGCUGGUGGCCUUCUUGCAAAGCGAGGCAGAUCGUCUUCAAAGCAAAGUUCUGGCAAAAUUGGUGGCCCCAACCGCUGCUUCUGCCGCGAUGGUAAGCAUCAAGGAUAUGCUGCAGUCCUUGCUCGACAAGCUGCAGAAUGAAGCGACCCAAGAGCAGACCAAGAAAGAUCAUUGCAACAAAGAGAUCAAGACCAACAAAGCCACACGGGCUGAGAAGACAGCUUCUAUUGAUGAGUUGCAAGCAGACAUUGACAUGCUCGAGGCGUCGGUGAAGCAGCUGAAGGAGGAAGCUGCUGCCUUGGGUGAAGACAUCGGAGAAUUGGACCAGUCUGUGGCCAACGCCACAGAGCUUCGAGGAAAGGAAAAGGCCAAGAACAACGAGACGGUGACCGAUGCCAAGGCUGCACAGGACGCAGUGGCACAAGCACUUUCAGUUCUGAAGGAGUUCUACGAGAAGGCUGGCCAGGCGACAGCCUUGGUGCAGACCAACACACAGUCAGACCAACCCGCGAUUUUCGAUGCGCCUUACAAGGGCAUGGGCGGCGAAAGCGGUGGGGUGCUGGCCUUGUUGGAGGCCAUCGCUGCCGACUUCGCGAAGCUCGAAUCCGAAACAGCGUCAGAGGAGGAAGCUGGCGCGGACAGCUACAAGAGCUUCAUGCAGGAAUCCAAGUUGAACAAGAAGCAGAUGGAGCUGGACAUGAAGCAUAAACAGGAGAUUGCCACCGAGCAGGCUGCUGAUAUCCAGGAGAAGAGCAACGAGCUGAUGGAAGUCCAAAAGGAGCUGGAUGCCUCCCAGAAAGUCUGGGAGACGCUGCAAGACGAGUGCCUCAACACUGGCAAGUCCUAUCAGGCUUCCUACACUGCAACGCCACAUCCCCGGCAGCAGGUCGCUUCAGAAGGCCUUGGAUAUGCUGAUGAACGAAUGAUUCAGGUGCCAGCUCCACCAUGGCUUAGCGGCUUAGCCACGGGACCAGUGGCAUUGUGGACUGGAGUGACCAACUUGUCCUUGCUGCCAGCCUGCAUCCUGACUUUUCAGGAAGGCAUGCACUACGAGUGCAUCAUGGGUUUUUUCGCCAUGGUGACCUCCAGUAUUUACCACGUGGCGGAGAGUUUGCAGGUGAACUUUCUAGGCUACAACCACGGCCGCUGGCAUCACAUGGAUAAUGUCUUUGCCAUCACCGCCUUGCUUUUGAACAUCGCCAAUUUCGCGCAGGGUCCGCGGCCCAGCGCUUUCCGUGAACUCCGGAAUUCCCUGGCCACGGCCGUGGUGGUUUGUUUCCAGGUCGCUGCUCCCUGGAAUUUGAUGCACAGCAUCCUGCCGCUGGUUUUCGGUGUCUUCUUGCUACUUCUGGAGCUGAUCUACCGAAGAAGGUGCCCCAGCUUCGGAAAGAAUGACAUGUUCAAGGCCUUCCUGUCCAGCUGCAGUGCGGCUUGUUGCUUCUACAAAGGUUUGGAUGAAUCCAAGGACUAUCUCCGCCUUUGGCACGGCGGCUGGCACAUCUUCGUGGGUGCGGUGACAUACUUCUCGGUGAAAUGCCAGAACCCCCACGAGAAGCUAUCGGAUGUGGCGGCCAAAGACGCGUAA